AUGUCAGGUAUCUGCCGUCCACGUUUGACUGAAGAGCGAAAACAGUGGAGGAAGGAUCAUCCAUUCGGAUUCUAUGCUAAGCCCACAAAGGCUCCAGAUGGCUCCAUGAAUUUGAUGGAGUGGGAAGUUGGCAUUCCAGGAAAAGAAGGGACACCCUGGGAGGGAGGUUUGUAUAAGCUGAUGAUGAUAUUUCCUGAAGACUAUCCAACCAAGCCGCCGAAGUGUAAAUUCUCGCCCCCAUUAUUCCAUCCCAAUGUCUACCCUUCCGGCACCGUCUGUUUAUCAAUCUUGGACGAGGAGAAAUCUUGGAAAGCGGCGAUCACCAUCAAACAGAUCGUUUUGGGUAUCCAAGCACUGCUGAACGAUCCGAAUGUGAAUGACCCUGCACAAAGCGAUGCCUACACAAUGUUCAAGAACGACAAGGCUGCAUAUGAGAGACGAGUGCGACAGCAAGCUCGCGAGAACAUACCUAAGUGA